CUCCGCCACCAACUCACGGAAUCGAUUCCGAUUAUCAAAUCCCUAAAAUUCCUUAUGGAGCGUGAUCGAUCUGCAAUCUCAGAGAGAGAGAUAAAGAAUAUGGCGUCGGCGUCAUCGUCAUCGUCAUCGUCGGCUUCGGCGUCAGCUUCAGGGUCAAAGUUAAGGGCAGACGCGAAACCCUACAUACGGGGGUCGAACAUCGGGUUUUCGUCGGAGGUACCUCUACCUGCGACUCUGUGCGCUUUCCCGGUUUGCGACGGUUCGAGGAUGCCAGUACCGGUGUUCAAACCUUUUCCGGAUUCUCCUAUAGAAGAAGUAGCUCCUGGAGGAUAUACGCCAGGGCUUCUCCCCCCAGAUGAAAACUCAGCGCGGGCUUUUGUAAAGAAUUUCAUUUCGGUCCAGUUGUCCAAGGUAUCUGAGGAAGUUGAUGAAAGUUUAGUUGAUUAUGUCAAUGCAUUGGACCCUUCUAAAGUUGCUGCUCAAGUGGAGGCUGUGCUAUUUGAACGGUGGGGUUUCUUUGAUCUGUCGAAACCAGUGAGUAGAAACUAUUCGGUGGUUUUAAGUCGCCUGAGCAACGAUGGUAUCAAAGAUUUCCGCAGACACAUUCUUCUUGGAGAGAUCUCCCCGCAGACAUUGUUCAACAUGUCCUUAGAUGAACUGUGGCAGAAGUACCUGCCCCCAAACAGAAUGGGCCCUAUGGUUUGGGAGUUUUGACAGCAGCAGGAGGAUCAGUGCAAGGAUGUUAUAUAUGUGUGUAAAUAUGUAUAUGUGUGUGUGUGCGUGUGUGCGUGUGUGAAAUUUGGCAAGACUGACUUGUUUUAGCAGAACUUAAGAUUUAGAUGUUGUUAGUGGUUUUCUCUAUUCAUUUGAACCUAGUCUAUAUCUUGUUUUAUGUGGCAAACUGAUAUUUUCUCUCAAGAUAUUAGUCCAUGACACCU